AUGCGUUGCUGCAAGGUCCAAGACAGAGUUGCAACUGCAUUAAGUCUUUUGUCAGCAACUGCUGACACGCGGGAUUUUCUUAGAGGCAAGUAUCUCCAUGGUUACUAUAUCCGACUUGGACUUAGUUCUAAUUUGAAUGUUCUUACUGUAUUGAUUGAUCUCUAUGCAAGAAUGGGUCGUAUCUAUUUGGCGCAUCGAGUUUUUGAUGGUGUUGCUCAAAAGAAUGUGAUAUUUGUAGAACUGUUUGAUUGUUUUAUAGAAGAGGAAAAACUAGAGCUGGAUGCAGUUCUUGGAACAGCACUUGUUAAUGCAUAUGCCAAAUGUGACUUUCUAGACAAGGUUACGGACAUUUUUGAGAGGAUGAAGGGUAAAGACAUAAAAGCAGGGACAACCAUGAUUUCAGGUCAUGGAAUUCAUGGCCAGCCAACUAAUGCUGCUAAGCUUUUCAACAGAAUGGAGAGUGAAGGGUUUAGACCAAAUGAGGUUACUUUCUUGGCAGUUCUCAGUGCUUGUAGCCAUGGAGGGCUUGUAAUUGAUGGGAUGGAAAUUUUUAAGAGCAUGGUUUGCAAAUAUGGCUUUUCACCACGAGUUGAACAUUAUGGAUCUCUCAUUGCUUAUUAA